AAAAAUAAGAAAUUUCAUCAGUCAAAGAACCGGAAAUACACGUGUUUGUGUAUAAAAAUAAAAACGAACGGGUUUCAGUUCCGAAUACGUAUGUCACAAGAUCAAAAUAUAAACAAUGUCAAAGUUUCCUGCAGAACCUCUAAGAAGACUGUUUUAUUUUGUUUCUCCAAAUGAAACAUCAUUCGAGAAACUUGAGGAGGUUCCAAAAUAUGUUGACGAGGCAAUACCAUACUUUGUCUCUAUGAUAAUAAUAGAAGCAAUCGUAAGAUAUAUACAAGGAAAGCCAUUACCAAGAUUCAAUGAUGGAUUUAGUUCUGUUGCUAAUGGAUUACUUUCAUUAAUGCAUGGGUUGCUGUUCAGAUCUGUAGAGUUGUCUACUUAUGUAUGGUUUUAUGAGAGGUUUAAUAUGAUACAGUUACCAUGGAACAACCCGUGGACUUGGAUCCUUGGAAUGGUUGGUGUGGAUUUCUGUUACUACUGGGUUCACAGAUGGGGACAUGAAGUGAAUAUAAUUUGGGCAGCACACCAAACCCAUCACAGCUCAGAAGAUUAUAACCUUACCACAGCACUUAGACAGUCCUGCUUACUUAAGUAUAUUUCUUGGAUGUUUUAUCUUCCAAUGGCUUUAUGUGUGCCACCAUCAAUUUUCCUCGUCCACAACCAGUUUAGUCUGCUGUACCAGUUCUGGAUACAUACAGAGACAAUUAAAAGCAUUGGUCCAUUAGAAUGGAUUUUGAAUAGUCCAGGCCACCACAGAGCCCAUCAUGGCAGAAACAGACAGUACAUAGAUAAAAACUUUGGAGGAACACUCAUUAUAUUUGACAGACUAUUUGGAACAUUUGAAGAAGAAAAAGAAGAAGUUGUCUAUGGUCUUGUACAUCCUCUAGAUUCAUGGGGUCCUAUUCACUCACAAAUAUGCCAUCUGCAAUAUAUGUUGAAAACUUUCAUGGCAACUCCAGGGAUUGGAAACAAAUUAUCAGUUAUUUUUAAAGGUCCUGGAUGGUCUCCAGGGAAACCAAGAUUGGGAAUGAUAGAAGAUAUACCUAAGGUGUCAGCUCCAAUGCCAAAGUAUGAAGGACCCAUGUUACCAACAUGGAUGAAUGUGUACAUAUGGGUACAUUUUGGUUUACUUAUUGUUGGGUAUGAUGUGUUAGCUCAUAGAGACCAGAGUAUGAAUGCAUUCAGUGUGGUAUGCUAUAUUUUGUAUAUAAUUUAUUGUCUAGAAGUUUUUGGAGCCCUUUUUGAUGCAAGGAUGAUGGCACCAUAUAUGGAGUUAUUUAGAUGUUUGUGUUUCAUCUUUGUCUGUAAGGCUGGAAGUCCGUCAAUAGGAAUGUCCUUGACAUUUACUUCUGUAGUGUAUUGGAUUUAUAUAGGAUCUGCAAUAUUGUGGGGUUAUUUAACAUUUAACCAGUAUACUUCAAAAAUUAAGAAAUCUUUGUAAUUCCAUGUACUUAUAGCAUAAUUGUCUAGUCAUGGUGGUGCUCAUGAUAAUUUACUCCACAUUUUAUGACCAGGGUUUUUUUUAUGGAUUUUUGUCUCACCUUGAAGGAGUCAAAUUGUUCGACUUAUACAUGAUGUUUUAAGAUGCAGUUGCAUUUAAAAAUGAUUUUAAAAUGGUUUAGACAUUGAUCAACUAUAAAUAAUUGAUUUUUCAUGUCCAUACUGUGAUAUUUUUAAUAAUAUUUAUACUUUUGUAUAUUUUUUAUGAUUGUUGAUUUUAUUUAUAUAUGCCAUUACCAAAUAACAUUUUAAGUUUUAUAUUUGAUAUUUUGAAAUGUGCAAGUCAUUAUGUGUAUUUCAGGUUAACCCUUUCCUCCAUAAUGUCGCCUUUUGACGCCACCCCCUUAACUCCCUAAUGACGCCUUUUGACGCCUGUGUAGUACCUUAGUUUCAACGCUUUGACUACAAAAUGUCUGCUUAAGACUUAAUAAAACUUGUAUCUAAAAUAAUAAGGAAAUUCAUGAGAAUAUCUGACUGGAAUUUUAUUGAUGAAAUAUUUGUUUUCACAAUGCAUCAAUACUUUAAA